CUUGUGUCCCCUACAGGCUGCCGUACUAACAGCACGUCCUCGUCCACUAACAACGUGUACAGUGUGAACUCCUCUCAGCCUCUGGCCUCCUACAACCUGAGCUCUCUGCCGGCGGGGCCCGGGGCCGGAGCCGGGGCCAUCACCAUGGCUGCUGCUCAGGCUGUCCAGGCCACGGCACAGAUGAAGGAGGGCAGGAGGACGUCCAGUCUGAAAGCGAGCUACGAAGCCAUCAAGAACAACGACUUCCAGCUGGGCCGAGAGUUCACUUUGUCCCGAGAAAACACAGGAUACUCCUCCUCUGCUCUGGCCUCCACCCUCACCCAGACCCUCACCCCCACCACGGCCUCCGAUUCCAGGGGGCGCAAGUCCAAAAGCAGCAUCAAGUCUUCCAACCAUCAGUCCUCUUCAUCGUCCUCCUCUUCCUCUCUGUCGUCAUGCUCCUCAUCAUCAGCACUGGCUCAGGAGCUUUCCCAGCAGGCCUCAGCACUGCCUGAGGCCGAGGCCAACAGCCAGGUGGACUGGACCUACGACCCCAACGAGCCCCGAUACUGCAUCUGUAACCAGGUGUCUUAUGGAGAAAUGGUCGGCUGUGAUAACACGGAUUGCCCCAUCGAGUGGUUCCACUACGGCUGUGUGGGUCUGACCGAGGCCCCCAAAGGGAAGUGGUUCUGUCCUCAGUGUACGGUGGCCAUGAAGAGGAGAGGCAGCCGCCACAAAUAGGACCCCCCCACCCCCCCACCUGUUGGCCAUGUUGGAUUCUGACCUCACCAGGCUGCUCCUCCAGUUCUGAGAUUAAAGUCUUUUUGUUUGUUUCUAUCUUUAAAAACUCACGUCAGGCUUUAGAGGAACUAAACUCUGACUUAUUUAUGAUUUCAUUCUGAUAAUAAUCUGUUUCACUUUAAAUCAUUUGUUUCUUAGAAAGUCAUAAAUAUUUCAGAAUUCACACUUUUGUUUUCCUCUAAAUCCUAAAGAUUGAUAGACUUUAGUUCAUUCAAUAAAUGUUCUCAUGAACACAAUUCAGACUUAAAUCUGACUUCAUUUACACAAAGUUGAGAAUUAAUUUUGAUUUAAUUAAUUAAUCUCAGAGCCGGAGCCUUUCUUCCUCUGUGGUUAGAAAACUACAAACAUGAGCUGUUGGACUACAAGUCCAGAAGAGAAGAAAUCCACUGACCUCAUAAAGAUAACAUCUUCACCAAGAACAUGUCUCUGUCUGUCUGUCUGUCUGUCGACCAGAUGUUUGUUGUUGUUUUUAUCCAGUUAGUUUAUCCAGUUAGUCUUCAGAAGUUUUCAUUAAAUUAAAAGAGAGAAAUAAAGAUUUAACUCCACUGUGUUGCUCAAAGGCUCUGGUUGUCUUGUUUGUGUCCCAGAUGUGUAAAAGAUAAAAGGUCCAAUAAAAUGAUCCAGAUGUUUUGUA